UUUCAUGUUUAACUCACACCAGCUAUUUCCUGGGAACAUGUCGCUGACGAUGUUUGGACGAGUUGUCUUCCUUCUGUAUCUGCCAGCAAUAUGUUUUUCAUUUGCUCUGUUUCCCAAUGAUGGACAUGAGGCACAGCGCCGGCAAAAUAGUGAGGAGAACAUAGUAAACGUGACAAGCGUUGCAGUAGGUGUUGAAAAUGUUUGCUAUGCGCAGCUCGAUCCCUGUCUGGAAAACCUCAGUCCUCUCCAUGCCACAGGGGGUUUGGAAGGCCUUGUUGUUGAUGGGAGGCUCGCUGUACCGUGCGAGUCAAACAUCCGGGAGGAAAGCUGGAACUGCAUUGACUCUCUCAGUCACUGUAGGGACAACGGCUUAUAUAAGGCCAUACGAAGCUCUCAGAUGUCGUGGGAUUUCAUUUGCCAGAACAGCCAAGCAUUUGUCGCGGGGAAGGAUUGCUGGAUUAGCUCGGAGUUUCAUCCAACGUUCCUUAAGUGCCUUGGCCGUUCGAAUAAUGUGUGUGUACCUACCUGCCUCCAAAAAGCUGUGGCGAAGAUGCCUGAUUGCUCCACAGAAGACGCCAUCCUCUUGGGACUCCUGGCAGGUAUUAGUUUACCGGGAGACCACGCAUCCUGCUAGAUUCAGUUCUCGCCUCUUUCUGUGCAAGCGGGUGGCCAUGGAAUCUCCACGUUUGGAACGACC